AUGGAGACAGACCGCAGUUGGAUGUACAGGAGCCACACAAACGGGCUGCUAACCACAGGGUAUAAGGAGCAUGUGAAGGAGUUUGUCCGGUUUGCAUUACGGCAUCCGACUUGUAUGACUGGAGUACAGAUAAAAUGCCCCUGCCCUAAGAGAGGUUGUCGAAAUACAAGCUAUCGGGAUGUCGAUGUGGUGGAAUUCCAUCUAUUGAAGAAUGGGUUCGUGAAAGGUUACCAAUUACCAGAGCAGGAUGUUGAGUUCAACUAUGAAAAUGAGGGGCCAAGUAAGUUCAGUUGCGCUCAAAGAAUGAUUCUUGAUGCGGCCGGUCCAGAAAUAACGUUUCCUGAAGAUGAGCUCCCGAAUGCUGAAGCUCAAAAAUUUUAUGAUAUGAUGCGUGCGGCUGAAGAAGACAUAUGGCCUGGGAAUAGCAGACACUCUCCAUUUUCUGCAUCUGCUAAAGUGAUGGAGAUCAAGUGUCGACAUAAGGGUUUAGUAGCUUUAGUUGACGACGUAUGCGGAUUGAUACAGGAGCUGCUCCCGGAGGACAACAAGAUGCCAACGAAUUUUGCUAAAAUUAAGAAGCUGGUUAAAGGUUUGGGGUUGCCAGUUGAGGUUAUUGACUGUUGUUUCUAUAAUUGUAUGAUUUAUUUGGGGGAGGACGCGGAUCUAACGCACUGCAAAGUUUGCAAUUAUGCGCGGUGGAAACCUAUGACCCACGGAAAAUCCACAAAAAGAAAGGCUAACGUGCCAUAUAGUAAAAUGUUCUAUUUUCCAAUAACUCUGAGGCUACAGAGGUUGUACGCUUCGAAAGCCACUGCUCGGCAUAUGACGUGGCACGCAGACCACGAGAUGGAUGGUGAUAAGAUGUGCCACCCGUCCGACUCUCCGGCUUGGAAACGUUUUAGUGAACUGCAUUCUGAGUUUGCCGAUGAAGGGAGAAAUAUCAGAUUAGGACAUAACCAGAAACUCAAAAUGUCCAUAUCGCGUCCAAAAAGCAGUCGAACCAAGGAUUCUAUCCGGGCUCCGAGUUAUAUUCGACUCAGACCCGGGUCGAGCUCCGGGUUCAUGGACCCGAAAGGUCAGAUCAUACGACCCGAGCUUCGAGAUGUCCUCAAAUACCAGAACCAUGAUAACUUGGUCCCCAAGUUAUCCGGGCUUCAAGGUCCGACCGAGCUCCGAGGUCCUGCCCAAGAGCACACGCUCGUGCUGAUAGAAGCUCGGAUCCCAGUUAGUGAUUUAUCACUUGGCGCCGUCUGUGGGAAACGUGUUAUAUCCCCUGUUCUGCUCUUGUUCUUUUGA